AUGGAGAGUGAUUCGCAUGAACUUGAGCCUAUAGAAGAAGAGUAUGAGAACGAGGAUUCCCUUGAAAUUAGUAAUAGUGCUACUGUUGAUGCAACCAUUGAGUUGGUUCAAGAUACUGCUAUUAAUGAGGAUCCAAAUGAAAAGAAUGUAUAUAAGAGAAAGCCUAGGAGGAAGACUUCUACUGUGUGGAAUCAUUUUGAGCAAGUUGAGGUCUGUGGUGUAAAAAAAAAUCAAUGUAAAUGGUGUAAGAGUAAAUUUACCAUAUCAAAAUCAAGUUGUACAUCUACUUUAGGUAGACACUUGGAGUCGUGUUUGAAGUAUGCUGGUUCAAAGAAGAAGCAAAAGGUUUUGUCAGUUGAGGGUAAGGAGUCUGGUGGUGUGGACAUUAUUUCAAAUUUUCAAUUUGAUGAAAGUAAGGUGAGAGAACUCUUAGCUCACAUGAUCUUGUAUCAUGAAUAUCCUUUUAGAAUCGUGGAGCAUGUGUUGUUUAAUAAGUUUAUGAAAGCUUGUACCCCGCAUUGGAAAAAAAUUUCUCGAGCUACUGCUAAAAGUCUUUGCUUUGCCACUUAUGAAUUUGAGAAGAAGAAGUUGAAAACUUUAUUGAAUCGGGUCCCCAAAGUUAACAUCACAACUGAUAUGUGGACUUCUUGUCAAAAGGUUUCUUAUAUGGUUGUGACAUGUCAUUUUAUAGAUUCUGAAUGGCGGUUAAAUAGGCGUGUGUUGAACUUUUGUAAUAUUCCGCCUCCACACUCUGGACUUCUUAUUGCUGAUGCACUUCAUAAAUGUUUUAGAGACUGGAGUAUAGAGAGUAAAGUUUGUUCAAUCACUGUAGACAAUGCCAAGGCAAAUGAUGUAGCAUUAAGGCACUUGAGAGAUGUUUUUAAUAUGAGAAAAUCGCUUGUGGUUGGGGGCAAGUUGUUUCAUGUGCGUUGUUGUGCACAUAUAACUAAUUUGAUGGUUCAGGAUGGUCUUAGUGAGAUUGGUGAUAUUGUUGAUUGUGUGAGGGAUGGAAUAAAAUUCUUGGUAGCAUCAGAGGGAAGAUUAAAGCAAUUUACUGAAACUGCAAAGAACUUGCAUUUGUCAUCUAAGAAGCUAUUUUUGGACGUUCCUACUCGUUGGAAUAGUACAUAUUUGAUGUUAUCUGCUGCAUAUGAGUUUAAGGACGUAUUUUCUAUGUAUGGAUACAACGACCAUCAAUUUAUUUGGGUGCCAUCGCAAGAAGAUUGGGAUAAAGUUAAAUCUGUCUGUGAACUUUUGGGAGUCUUCAAUCGAGUAACCAAGAUUGUAUCUGGUAGUGACUAUCCAACAUCAAAUUUAUUCCUUCCUGAAAUUUGGCGAAUGAAAGAGGUUCUAAUUAAUAAAUGUGAUGAUGGAAAUGACUACAUUAGAACUAUGGCACAUCGAAUGAAAGCCAAGUUUAAUAAAUACUGGGGCGAGUGCAAUUUAUUGAUGGCAAUUGCGGCAAUUUUGGAUCCAAGGUUUAAGUUGGUGUUCAUACGAUUCUGUUUUCCGAAGAUUUAUCAAGAAGCUGAAGCUACGAAGAAUAUUGAAUAUGUUCAAAGAAUUUUGAAAGAGAUAUAUGAUGUGUAUCUUCAUGAACAUAAUUUAAAUCUCAAGGAACAGGAUCUUGCAAGCAAAGUUCAAGAAAGCUCUUCAAGUAAUCGUUCAGUCUGUGCAGUUCAUGAUGAGGAGGGUGGUGUGGAAAUUUGGGAGUCAUUUCUCAAAAGUGCUGAAACUGUGCUUCAACCUAUGAAAUCUGAAUUAGAAAUGUAUCUUGAGGAGGGUGUAUAUAUACCUAACAAGAAUAUCGAAUUUAAUGCCUUGGAUUGGUGGAAAGCGAAUACUCUGAAGUAUAAUGUUUUGUCUAAAGUGGCCAAAGAUAUUUUGUCAACACCGAUUACAACUGUAACUUCGGAGUCUACAUUUAGUGUCGGAGGAAGGGUUAUUGAUCCACAUCGAGCAUCAUUAUCAACUGAGACAGUUCAGAAGUUGUUAUGUGGGGCUGAUUGGGUCAGAUCAUUGUAUGGGCUUAAAAAGAAGUGUGGGGAUGAUCAAAAUGAAGGGGAAGUGGAGAUAACUUUGCCAGGGGCAAUUUGA